AUGGCCCCUUCAGCAUCAACCGGCUUCCCCGCAGCGCAGCUCAACAAGCCGCAGAGCAAAGACAUUACCAAUCCACGACGCCUCCUCAUUCUCACGCCGACAUCACAAUCAGUCUCCAUUAUCCCCCCUCUUCUUCACUCGCUUACCGGUGUCCCUGUAACGGAACCCCCACAGCAUACUCCUCCCAAGUCAGAAACAACAUCACAACCAUCGGCCCAUACCUCAGAAGACACAUCCGGCUUUGCAGACCCUCAUGAGGAUACGGGCGCGACCGCCGGUAUAGCUUCUUCUUUCGCGGGCUACACCACACAUGCGCCGCUUCACCUGGAAACCAAGUAUUAUACGGCCGACAUUCCGCUCUGGGUCGACGAAAUCCCGUCGACGAGGGAUGGUGCGGCGACGGCGCCGUUAGUCCCCGAGAACGAAAGUUCGUCCUCGGUCCCUAGCCAAUGGCGAAUGGAAUUUCUCAGCGAGGAAGCUCAAAUUGUGCGCGAUGCGCUCGGCGCCCUGGUCGUUUGUGUGAAGCGUCCGGAAAUCACGCGGACGAUAACACCACCUGGGUCGAACGAUCACCCUGUGAACGAACCUGAUCUCUCGCGACGGCAAGAUGUGCGCGCUGUGCUGGAGCUCAUGCGUGAUGUCGGUGCGGUAAAGGGGUGUAUUGAUGAUGAGCGCGGCGGUGAUGGCGAUAUGGUCGGUGUGUUUGUCUUGGUUGGAGCUCGAGGAUCUGCGGGGACGUCUUCUCCGGCUCGGAGUGGGCUUGAUACUGAUGAUGGAGGAGAGGGCGUUGUUGGGGAUGAGAUUGGUGGCGCGGAUGUGCCGUUAUCUGUGGGUUGGUGGGAGGAUCAGCUUUUCGAUAUUGGCUUAUUUGGUUGGGAGGUCGUGGAAUGGGAUCCUGCCGAGAAAGAGGGGCAGACUGGGGAAGGGAGGAAGAGGAAUCAGGUCGGAGAAUACGAAGGUAUGCCGCGCAUCAAAGAGGUUCUCGAAACACACGACUGGAGCACGCCGAGCCCUGCAGAAGACCUCGACGACGAGGAUUUUGGUUUCGACGAGGACGAUCUGGAGACAGAACUUCUCGGGUUCGGCCAAAGAAGUCACACUUCUGGCUUUGGACAAGAAGUCCAUGAAUUAGAGAGGGAGAUGCUGGGUCUGCGCAUGGCGAUUGAGCGCGGUGGUGGCGAUGGAGACAGCGACGAUGACGGCAACGAGGAGCUCAAGGUUGAAUCGAUCGAGGGGUUGAUGAUGCGAAUGCAGGCCAUUCGAGAUAUGGGGUCAGAUUUGCCCGAGGCUGCACGCAGGAGAUUUGCUGCCAAGGCCGUGUCUGAGAUCAUGCGAGAGUUGUAG